AUGCAGCUGAAGGCCCCAGAACCACAGAAGCCUCUCAAAGGGUAUUUCUUCUUUGCCAAUUCUCUACAUCCUCGUGUCAAAUGGUGGAUGGAUGCCCACCUUCGCAAGUUAUACUUCUACUGCUGCAUUCUUAUCUUAAGCAACGUUGCAAAUGGAUUUGAUGGGUCAAUGAUUAAUGGGCUCCAGAGUCUGCCCUACUGGCAAAUAUACUUUGACCAUCCGAAAGGAAGCAUCCUUGGCUUCUUCAACGCAUCAACGAGCCUUGGAUCCAUUAUUGGUUUGCCUUUCAUACCCCCACUGCUUGAUCGAUAUGGCCGAAAAUCUGGCAUUGUGGUCGGUUCGCUUAUUGUGGUUCUUGGUCUUGGCUUACAGUCCGGUGCGCUCAACCUCGGCAUGUUCGUGGCGUCGCGUUUCUUGAUAGGCUUUGGAAUGGUUAUCGCAACCGCAGCAGCGCCUUUGCUAGUUGCUGAACUUUCUCACUCCCAAAAUCGUGCAAUCUUAUGUACAUUUAUGGGUAUUUCGUACGGAAUUGGCUCAUUUAUCGCCUCCUGGGUCACCUUUGGUACUCUUAAGAUCUCAAGCAACUGGGCCUGGCGUCUUCCUUCAAUUAUUCUAUGUUUUAUUUGGUUCAUCCCUGAAAGCCCCCGAUGGUACAUCAGCCGUGACCAACCGGAAAAGGCUCUCGAAAUUCUGGCAUACCACCAAGUAAAUGGGAACUCUCGAGAUGAAUUCAUUCAGUUGGAAUAUCUGGAAAUUCGGACUUCAUUCAUGAUCGAUGACAAUGUCAAGAAUACUACAAAAUACACUGACUUCCUAAGAGCGCCAGGAAAUCGCAAACGUAUCGGUAUUAUUGCUGCGCUCUCCCUUUUCAGUCAGUGGUCGGGGAACGGUCUUGUAUCUUACUAUCUGACCGUCUUCAUGAAUUCCAUCGGUAUCACUGAAGCCGAAGACCAGCUUGGUAUCAACGGUGGAUUGCAAUCAUGGGGUCUCAUUGUCGCUCUUACUUUUGCAUUCUUGAUUGGCAUGCUAGGGCGCAGACCAAUGUACUUAAUCGGGACAAUUGGAACUUUAGUCACCUUUGUCGUAUGGUCCAUUCUUAGCGCACGUUAUUCGAUCAAAGACGAACCGGGCCUGGGAAAAGGAGUGGUGGCCAUGAUAUUCUGCUACAAUUUCUUUUACAACUUCAAAACGGGAAUUUUGUCAGCCUACCAGAUUGAAAUCUUGCCAUAUGGUCUACGAGCCAAAGGUAGUGUUAUAGCUUCCUUCGUGAUCCUUGUGGCGGUUUUUUUCAACCAGUAUAUCAACAGCCUCGCUCUUGACGCAAUCGGCUGGAAGUACUAUCUAUUCUAUUGCAGCUUUCUUGGAUUUGAGGUUUCUGUAGUCUGGAAAUAUAUUGUUGAAACGAGAUAUACUCCGAUGGAAGAAGUUGCAAAAUAUUUCGUUGGUGAUCGGGCAGACGUAGUUGAAUUGACGAUUGCUCAAAAGGAGAAGGACGACAUGGAGAAGGAAGGAAAAGGUGAACACAUGGAAACUGUCUGA